AUGCAAGAAUUGACUAUUUUGACCUCUGCUUCUUUCGGUUCUUUGGAAGAAGUCGACUCCAUUAACUUGGUCACUUUGCCUGCCAUCUCUACCUUCUCUACCGAUUUGCAGACCGCCAACAACAUUUAUGUUUCUGACACUGCAUUGGAAAGUGUCGAAGGUUUCGCCACUUUGAAGAAUGUUAACACUUUCAACAUCAACAACAACAGAUACUUGACCUCUUUCCAAUCAUCUUUGCAAAGUGUCUCUGACUCUUUACAAUUUUCCUCCAACGGUGACAACACCACUUUGGCUUUCGAUGAUUUGGUUUGGGCCAACAACAUCACUUUGAGAGAUGUUAACUCCAUUUCUUUCGGCAGUUUGCAAACCGUUAAUGCUUCUUUGGGUUUCAUUAACAACACUUUGCCAGCUUUGAACUUGACUCAAUUGGCCAAGGUCGGUCAAAGUUUGUCUAUUGUUUCCAACGACGAAUUAUCCAAGGUUGCCUUCACCAACUUGACUGCCAUUGGUGGUGGUUUCAUCAUUGCUAACAACACUCAAUUGAAGACCAUUGACGGUUUCAGUAAAGUCCAAACCGUCGGCGGUGCCAUUGAAGUCACCGGUAACUUCACCAGUUUGAACUUGUCUUCUUUGAAGUCUGUUAGAGGUGGUGCUAAUUUCGAUUCUUCCGCCAGCAACUUCUCUUGUGACGCAUUGAAGAAGUUGCAAAGUAACGGUGCUAUUCAAGGUGACUCCUUCGUUUGUAAGAACGGUGCUACUUCCACCUCCGUCAAGAUGUCUUCUACUUCUUCCGGAUCUUCCAAGAGCUCUGCCACCUCUUCCGCUUCUUCCUCUGAUGAUUCCUCUAACGCUCAAGCCAGUGUUUCCUCCUCCACUUCUUCAUCUUCCAAGAAGUCUAAGGGUGCUGCUCCAGAACUCGUUCCAGCUACUUCAUUCAUGGGUGUCUUUGCUGCCGUUGCCGUUGCCUUGCUAUAG